AUGCGAGCACUUCUUCUUACCCGCAGCGUCUGUAGGCUUUUACGACGAAGUGCGCCAUCGCCACGGACAUCAUGUCACUUCAUAUCAUAUACCUCCUUGACGAGCUCCUCGAUAUCACGAAACCUCUCGUCUCAAGCACUUCUUGUCAGCGACUCUGCUCUUUCUACUGUCGUGGAGAACCAUGAGCCACGCCCGGAGGAAGUUGCGCAGCCAUCAGCAAGGUCUGAACCUCCUAGAAGAGAAAGCGGACCGAGCGGACCUGACGAGUUGCGUGCUGCUGUUGAUAAAUUGCGGCGCCUGUAUUCGACUCAACACUCAUCUCGGCAAGAAUGUACCUUGAAUCAAUUUGUGACCACGGCUGACCGAUUUCUUCACUUUGCCAAGGAUGAUACGUUGGAUGGAGUUCUCCCCAAGGACCUUCGAGGGCUGGUCUUCGAGGUCGUUUGUCUGGGUUAUCGCAUUGUGGAGGAGAAAAACGGUCGACGAUUCAACAUCUUGGUCGAAUACAGCAAAGCAGGUCGCAAGGACGAGGCGCUGCGUCUGGUCGGUUGGAUGUUAUCUGCAUCCGUAGAGAACCCUUUUUCACAGAAAGAGAAAACCCUUUCGUUGGAGCUUGUUGCACCACUUGUCAAGAAAUGGGUGUCAUCUGGGUUACCUGAUGAUAUCGCACGUCUCAAAAGUAUUACGACUAUGCUGAUCAAGGGAGAGUUCAUCGAUGCCGAUGUGUUUUACCAAGACGACGUUCGGCGAGAAUUGGAGUUCCUUCGGCGGGUAGAUCCUGAAAGCACUUCAGGCGUUGUCCGGAUGCUUCUGCUCGUUCAUUUGUACAGUUAUUUUUCAAGCGGCUUGCACGGUCGGACCAUCAGAUUGAUGCAGACCAUGAGUGCUCUGAGGUUGGAUCCACCUUCAGAGCUUCUCCAACGUACAAUGCAACACUUUGCCGAUCGGGCGGAAAACUCCCAGGAUGACGAUGCUUCCGGGCCUUUGCGGAGUGCGAUACGGUUGCUGCAGCGUUACCAGCACAUUCCAGUCAAGGACGAAGUCGUUUUGUCGGACCUGUUUUCUCGUUGCCUGCGUGUGUCAAAAAACCCUGCUUUGACUCAUGACCUUUACAAUAUUAUUUGCUCAAGAGGAGAGCAUCUCCUUCCCGCACUUGUGUACAGCUACAUAUUGCUGAAUGUGCGGACAAUGAAUGUUGCGCGGGCUGUUAGGGCAUACCAUCGCGUCAAUGAAACCAAGGCAAUACAUCCUUCAUGGCUUAUCGCAACAAUCUUGAGAGGCCUUCUUCUCAGCCGUGAUACGUCGAAAGCAACGAGUUUUGUCGACUCGCUUCCAACAAUCUACCUGAAUGAACAAAGACAAGGACGAGGCCUCCAAUGUGCGCUGAUAGCAUAUGCUACGGCAACCAAGAACCGUGGGCUUUUUGAACGAAUCCGGUCGGUCAAUCGUGAUUGCUCGCUCCCUGUACUGAGAAGCGUGUUGAGGUAUCACACAGUGCUCGGCUCUCAAACAGCCGUCCGCGAGACUAUUGAGGAGAUGCUCAGAUUGGGAUAUGUGGUUGACGAUUCAAGCAUAUCGAUCUUAUUGCGAGCAAAUCUUCAAGUGGAUUUUGCAAAUGUGCGUCGCUCUGUGCGGAGAUAUGAGACCCAGAUGGGCCCGCGAUCAUGGUUCGAGGUGCUGAGAGCGGCGUACGGUAAUGAGGAUGAGAAGGUUAUCCAAUGGGCCAAGGGCAACCUUGAUUUAGUGUUCAGGUCUCAGCGCUUACAUCUGGAGAAAGAGCGUUUACAAGCAGAGAGGGAUGAGAUGUGUGCUGGGAUCAAACUCCCACGUAUCCAGAAACGUAUUGAACGGCUUGAGGCAUCCCGAACCACUGUCUUCAAUCUGGAUUUGAAGGAUUACGUUCGACGGCAGGGAGUUGAAGCGGCUCUCAGCUUCUUCGAGCGCCAUUGUUACUCGCCGGACACUCGGGAGGGCCGUGUGUCAAUUAUACCCAAUCAGGUUUCGUUUCGUACCCUUUUGCACGCUGCUCGGCGCGUAAGAAAUCAAGAUGUUGAAGAGUGGGCGAUGACUGAAAUGAGAAAGAGAGGUUUUUGGACGGCUGGUAGGCCUGGAUCGGUGCCGCAAUAUGAUCCGGCACAAGCUGCAGAGGAGCAAUGGCGUAGUAACCUGGAUUUGGAAAAUUGCGAUGCAAUCGCCGACAUGGUCGACGCUCAGGCAUCACCAAAACCGAAACCACAACGCACUGAAUCGUCAAAGCGAUCGGAAAACAAGAUAAGAGAAAUGCAUGUUCAUCGCUUACUGUCAAGAUUGGAGGAGGACAAGAUCCAGAGGCGGCAGUAG